AUGCCGAAGUUGUCGCCUCCACCACGCAAGGCCUUCAAAAAUAUCUGGGUUCUCCUUCGCGUUUGCAUGGACGAGGCGGCCGUCCGUUUGAACAAUGUCAAAGUUGACGACGUGUCGUGGAUGAAGCCUUCUCGUGAACAAAAGAACGAAAGCCCGCCGGCGAUCGUAUUUAGUGCGAGCGGCUCCAACAGACACGACUUCGUCCUUAAUCUCAAUACUGGUGAGAUAGCGCAGGUCGAUGGUGACGCCAGGGUCGUCGAUGUUCGAACAGCCUGGCACAGGCUGCUGGCCUGCGCCGCGAACAACGAGACGUGCUGCGCCGCUCAGGAUACGGGGUCUGAUUACGUCCACGAACUUUCAAACAUCGACCCUGGUGCGGGGCAGAACAAUGGCAGCUGGGCUAAGCCCGCUCUGCAGUAG